CCCUAGUCUUGCAGUGCGCUUCGCUCUAUACACACGCUGACAAAGGGCCCUCCCUGAUUUUUUUCUCGAAUCAAGAGACACGAUGACGUCAUCCACAGCCAGAGGAGUUGGCGUGUUUUCCUUAGUCUGUUUCCUGCUGAUCGCCUCUGCCUCUGCGCGUCCUCAGCUCGGGGAUAUCUUAGGCUCGCUCGUUGAAACUUUCGUAGAGAAUGCAAUCAAGACCACAGAAAUUACGAUUCUUGAUAACUAUUGCCUAUUGAGCCGCAGUCCUUAUUUGAAGAAGUUUGAAGUUCAUUACAGAGCUGAGCUGAAGUGUCCCGGAUGGACUACCAUUGUCGGGAAAGGUCGAGACCACACGAACCCUACCAACUCGGAACUGGCUGCCAUCAAGGAUUUCAUAGGUCAGGCUCUUAAAAAGGGUCUCGUGACUGAUGAGGAAGCUGCACAGUAUCUCUAAGACCGAUUUUUUUUCUUUCUCCUGACGACCAAUGGCGAAUAGAAAUGUUGUUAUUUUCCCUUUGUUUGUAAGGGACAGCGAACUUAAAUUAAAUAAGGGCGUUUUCCUUCACAUCCGUGUCGGAGAUCGUGAAGGAAAAUAAGUUUAUUUUAUGAAUAUGAUAAUUGCUAUUGGAUCAAUUUAUUUGCAAACCGACUGUUAUUUUUAAAGAGUUGCAUGUCAAUAUUAACUAGUCUAUAUGAAAAGGUAUGUUUACGUUUUAAAAGGAAAAAUUCCGCUGCAUUUAUCUAUCAUGGGAAUCUUUUAGAAUAUGUAAUCCCAAAAUGACCUAAAUUUUAUAAUGAUAAAAUAAAAGUAAUAUCAAUUUUUCUGUCUCUCUUUCUUUGUUAAUAAUGGACACUGAACUCUGAACUUUUAAAAUAAAAAAGCGGUCCUUUAUUAUCAAAGGCUUUGGGAAUUAAAUCAAAUAUGUAUUACCUUCGGUAAACUUUUUUUUCACCAAAACAGAUGUGUGUGUUUUCCGUUUCCAUCGUGUUCUAAAUCAAUAAAUCCCAGCAUUUUCACUGGUAAUAAACCGAUUUCUCCAAUUUCACAUCUCAAUCAAAGACGGGGUAUGCAAUUAAAUAAAGGACAAAUACAU